AUGGAGCACAUAAUACACAGUAACAUCAUAUCACAUCUCGAAAAGAAUAACGUUUUGUCCACCUACCAACACGGAUUUAGAAAGAAGAGAUCAUGUCAGUCACAGUUAAUCAUUACUAUCCAAGAGCUAGCAGAAGCACUCAACUCCGGAGAACAAAUGGACUGCAUCCUACUAGACUUCUCCAAAGCAUUUGUUAAAAUGCCUCACCAACGCCUGCUCAACAAAUGCCAAUACUACAGAAUCCGAGGAAACACACUUAUUGGAUUGUCAGCUUCCUACAAGGCAGAACACAACAGGUACUUCUGGAUGGGAGGAAGUCAGAAACAUCUAAAGUCGCCUCAGGCGUGUCCCAAGGAACUGUGA